CGCCGGUUUCCAUAGCGGCCGCGCCGCCGGCCAUGGCGGCCGAGGAGGAGGACGACGUGGAGUGGGUGGUGGACACCAUCGCCGGCUUCCUGCGGGGACCCGCCUGGUCCAUCCCCAUCCUGGAGUUCAUGGAGCACAACUGCGAGGUUUUCGAUGAUGAAGAAGAAAGCAAGUUGUCUUACACAGAAAUUUAUCAGGAGUACCAAGCUCUGGUGGAGAGAUUACUAGAGGACUACCUUAAAGAAGUUGGAAUUAAUGAGGAGAAAUUUCAAGAGGCUUUUUCUUCUCCUCUUGCAAAGACCCACACCUCCCAGGCCAUUCUGCAAACAGUGUUGGCAGCAGAAGAUUUUAGACUAUUUAAAAAAAUGAUGGUACAGAAAAAUAUUGAAAUGCAACUGCAAGCAAUUCGAAUCAUCAAAGAAAGAAAUGGUGUAUUGCCUGAGUGUUUGACAGAGGGUUCUGAUGUAUUCAGUGAAAUUGAACAGGAAGAAAUGAAAAUACUCAGGGAGGUUCUAAGAAAAUCGAAGGAAGAGUAUGAAAUAGAACAAGAGAGAAAGAGGACUGAAGAAGCACGUGCUAAACUCAAAGCUCCAGAUGUUACCCACAAUUUUCCAGGAGAUUCGAGAGAAGCUGUCAAAGUUAAGGAAUCCACCGAGGGAGCUGAGGAUUCUGAAGAAACCCCAAAAUGCCCACUAGAGGGAUCUCAUCAAUCUACAAAAGAAGACCCCAAACCAGUUUGCCCAGUACAAAAAGGAACUGAAAACUUACCCCAGCCCUCUUGUACCAAGGGGAAAGAAGACACUAAGAAAAGGUCUGCUGGGAAAGGUUCAGAGAACACAGUGCAAAAAGCUGGGGUGAGAGGACCUGAUUUAUCAGAAACUGAAAAGCAGCAGCUGAAGCAACGUGAGGAUUACCUAAAGAAAAAACGAGACCUGCUGUUGGCUACAAAGAAAGAGUCAAAAAAUAAUGUACCACCACCACUAGCAAGCACUGACCAGAAAGAGGAGGAAUCCCCUCCCAAAGAGGGAAUGUCAGAAGAGAAGCAAAUGCUGCUCCAGAAGAGGAAGAUGCUUGCAGAAAAGCUAAAAGAAGAAGUAAUUAAUAAGCGGUAGUUUUAAGAGGCUCAUUGCUGACCCCAAGAACAGAAGGAUGUUUUAGAGUAUCAGUAAGUGAAGGGAUUUCCAAUCUUGCACUGGGAUUUAUAGAACUUGCAGACAAGCAGCUCAGAAGCUGGUAACUCCCUAUUUCAAAGGCCACACUGUGAACACUCAUUUUCCAGAGUGCUGGAAACUCCCUGACUCUGCCCCGCAGCGAGGCCGUGCCAGCACUGCAGAGCACAGCCCUGCUCCAGCCCUGAGCCUGGAGAGCAGAGGCAGCGAUGGAGAGCUGGGAAAGGAAUUCCUGUGGCAACAGCUCCAAGCUCAACAAUUUAACUUUUCCAUUUCAACAGUGCAGAAGGUGGUUCCUUUCAUUAGCCCGUUAUAAACAAAUGGCUCUUUUCAGCUGUGCAGUGUAAUAAAGUCUGGUUUCACAAGGAAGUGCA